AUGUCUACAAUCUCAAAUCGCUCACAGCUUUUCGCGACUGAGAAAACAGAGCCAAAAGAGAUGGAAACCAUCGAUGAGAAGACAGGAUUCGAGAAGAAUGAACGCCACUACAUUCACGAAGAUGACAUCUCCCCAGAGCAAAAGCGACUGGAAGCAAAAGUCCUGCGCAAAGUCGACCUGCGCCUGAUUCCCAUCCUUGGACUGCUCUACUCUGUUGCCGGCCUCGACCGUGUAAACCUUUCGAACGCUCGUGUCGCUGGCAUGAACACAGACUUGCGCUUCGAUAUUGGCGAUCGCUACUCCAUCGCACUGCUUGUCUUCUUCGUCACCUACUGCAUAUUUGAGAUGCCUACGACACUGUUGCUCCGACCUGUUGGACCGAAGAACUUGCUCAAUGGCCUCGCGAUUGGCUGGGGAAUCGUCAUGCUCGGCAUGGGCUGGGUGAACGACUGGCGCUUGAUAGUUGUAUGCAGGAUGUUGAUCGGAGUUCUUGAAGCUGGCUUUCUGCCGUGUUGCAUGUUUCUGCUGAGUACGUGGUACCAACGCUUUGAGAUCCAGCAGCGUAUGAGUUGGUGGUACCUCAUCAACCUCUUCGUGUCGGCGUUUGGCAACAUUUUGGCGUGGGCAAUCGUCAAGCUAGAUGAUGUACAUGGCAUCGCGGGAUGGAGAUGGAUCUUCAUUGUUGAAGGUGCGGCGACAAUCGGCAUCGCGAUAAUCGGAUAUUUCCUCGUCAUUGGCUUCCCCGACUCGAUGCUAGCCAGCAACAAACUCCAAGGCUUCACUCAGCGCGAACUAGAGAUUGUGUUGGACCGAAUCGACCGCGAUAGACGUGAUUCGAAGCCAGACAAGCUCACGUGGGCGAACUUCCGCAUCCACGUUGCGAAUUGGGAGCUCUGGGUAUACGGGUUAAUGUUCCUCACAUGCUCCGCACCCAUCUACGCCUUCGCAUACUUCAUUCAGAUUAUCCUCGGCACAAUCGUUAACAGUACGGCGCUUGUCUUUCUCCUCUGCGCACCUCCGUACCUCGUCAGUAUUUUCUGGACCGUCGGAUGCGCAUGGCUUGCAGACCGUACCCGCCUUCGCAUGCCAUGGAUGCUGAUGAAUGCUGCCGUCACCUUUGUCGGACUUCUCAUCACAGCAUAUUCGUCAAAUUCCGGUGCGCGCUACUUCGGCGUCUUCCUCGGAGUCAGCGGCUGUAAUGCUAACUUGCCAACCAUCAUUGCAUUCCAGUCCAACAAUGUGCGCAGUAAUUCUCGGAGAAGCGUCGCAAAUGGCGUGCAGUUUGUGUUCGCGGCGAUUGGGGGCAUAUAUGCCAGCACGACGUUCAUGCAGAAAGAAUAUCCGACAUACCGGACCGGUGUGUGGUGCGCGGUAGCUACACAAUUCUUGCUGAUCAUCUUGUGUGCGGUCAUGUUCUUACAUUUCAGGAGGAAAAAUCGCGCGGCUGACGAGGGGAGAGGGUUGAUUCAGGAGGAAGAAAGCUUCCGCUACACGUACUAA